AUGAAGACCUGGCUCCAUACUCACGGCUUGAGAAGGCAACACUCUGACGCAGCUCUGCCGAAUCGAAAAUUCAACCCCUCGGAUACCAACAAUGCGCAACAUGCCCCGCUGCUACCAAACCGUAAGCUUACGGAUACUGCUGCCAAGGUCGCCGCUUCGAAGACCGCGAGCAGGAUGUCAAUCGAGCGUUACCUCCAGGCUCCGUUGGAAGAUGAACCGGCUUCAGUUCCAGCUAUCAAUGCAGCGCUCAAAGAGAAAAGCCCACCGGUCUGGAGCGAUCGCAACCACCCCCAAGCCGGCCAUCGCCGGGGUCAUUCACGCGGGACGUCUUACGAUGCCAACUCGGAAGGCAGACGCACCUUUUACACUUCUGCAAGCGGCCAAGAUUCCACAGGCACCUCUUUCAGCAUUGGACUAAGGUCAAAUCAUAAUCAAAGAAGCAACGCCCACCCUAUGAUGCCUCAACUCCCACGACUGCGUACGGUCGCGCUAAUGCAUGACAAUGUCCACUCGCCUGACGAACCUACUACCGGAAGAACACUAGAUUCUGAGAGGACAUUGACUGAUCAGAAUGAUGGGAGCCCGCCUGGGAAGUCUGUUGAUAGCGCAUAUAGAGCACGAAUUGAGGCUGAGCUCGCGCGCAUACAACAAAAGGCACGAAGGCUCGAGGAAGAGGUGCGGAGAUUCAAUGAGCAGAAGGAGAACGAAGCUUUGCUUGUUCCAAGGAUUACAGAUGAUAUGGCGUAUCAGCAGAUGGCAUCAAAGCCGAAGCUGGCGUGGAUUUUGGGCGGCGAUAGCGCGAAUGCUAGAACUUCGGAAAGGCCCACGACGAGUGCCAGGGGCACUGCAGAAGCAUUCAACGACAGUCCAAAUCGACCAGCAACCAGUGCCGGGCCAAUAGAAGAGGUGCAAGAUCGGCUACCUCGCAGAAGUAAGUCGAGCAGUGUCCUUGUCGAGGAGGCUCGUCGGUCAAGCAACAGGAGGAGGGCCGUGGUGGUGGGACAAACGCCUAGCAAUGGAAAGGUUCAAGGCACCAUCCUGAAGGAACAUGUCAGCACUCAUAAUUUUCGCAACUGCAACCAGAGAUUAUACUUUUCUGCCCAGCAAUUCCGUCAGCAUCUCCAAGAUAACCACAAAAUCAAUUUCGAUGGUACGCUCUUCGCCGGGUGGACGUUACUCCUAAAGUCGAGCAAACAGGAUAGGACUGCUGUUUUCGAAGUGGUUGAUGUGAGCCCGAGGCGGGCCUAUACAGAUCCGGUAGUCGCAGCGCCCAAACAGCAGGGCAAGAAGGCGAAAGAGGUAGCUGAGCCGAAGAUGAAUUUCAUGGACUUCUCGGAGACGCCGCAAUUCGCACCAAAAAAGAAGAUACGUCGUAAAGCAAGUACUCAAACCAUGCCCGAUGCUCUUAUCAAGGGAGUGCGCGACUCUACCAUUGAAUUCACACGCGCAGCGACGAUGGACCAUGCACAUGGUGGUGUGGCACAGGCAUCGCGUUCUGCCAGAGCAGACAAAUCGACCCACGCUGUCGCAUCGCAUGCUAUCAGUGCUGGUACCUUAGGUUUGGAAUUUUUCCGCAGAAGACUCGACGGUUCGGCGCGCAACCGACUCUACGUGCGCGACGAAAGCGAAGGACCACUGAGCAAGAAUUCGCAGAAGCUCUUCCGCAAGGUACCCGGAAGUGCAUUUGGUGGCUUAAUUCUUCACAGCUCGCUGUUGGCUGCGACACCAGCCAGGUUGACGAACUCGGUGGACAUCUACACGCUACAUUGA